AUGAGCAUUGCUCCAAAUGCUUCGACAGUAAAUCCUCACUUCUGGUAUCGACAGCCAUCUCCCCCUCUUCCUUCAUGGUAUGCUCACAGUAGUACAAACUACCGCAAUCACAAAGUAUUCAAUCUACGAUACCUAAGUCAUUCGGAUGUCCGUUGCAACGAUGGUACUAGGGCAGGAUAUUAUGUUCGCCGUUCAAAAGAUCUACGCUCGAAAAAUUGGUUGAUCUAUUUGGAAGGUGGGUGGUACUGUUUUGAUGAAGCAACAUGUAUCUCACGUCAAAUCACCAAUCAUGCGCUCUUCUCCUCACGUACUUGGCACAUGAAUCGAUACAUUGGCGGUGUACUCUCAUGGGAUGAACGAAUAAAUCCCAACUACCAUAACUAUAAUAUUUUAUUUGUUCCAUACUGCUCAAGUGAUUUAUGGAGUGGAAAGAAAAGGGAACGUACUGGCGGCUAUUACUUCCAUGGUUCACGAAUUCUCACAGCUGUUAUUGAUGAUCUUCUCAGGCAACCCGACUUCUUCCACGCGGACAAAGUCGUCUUUGCUGGUUCAAGUGCUGGAGGUAUCGGGGUAAUGCUUAACAUCGAUCGAUUAGCUAGACGUCUACGAAGAAAGCUACGUUUUCUAAGAGGCAAUAGACCCUCCAAAAGGUUACAAGUCAGUGGACUAGUGGACUCUGCCUGGUUUCUCAAUUAUCCCACCUACGCUCAACCUUACUCAGGCAGCUGCACGAGCAUCUAUGACUGCCCUCCAGAAGAGGGCAUAUUGAGAGGAAUCGGACUUUGGCAACCGAGAAUCCCACGUCGAUGCAGAAUGGCCCAAGGAAAGAAGAACUUUUAUAAAUGUUAUCUGGGUCCCAUCAUCUACCCGCAUAUUCGGAGUAAGCAAAACUGCCUAAACAAUUAA